CCUGCACUCUUGGGACUUGUUGCUCCGACCCGCUCUCGUUUUUCAGCUCCGACCCGGCCAACCCGCCUCAGCUCUCCUCCACUCUCUCCCAGCCACGGCUUUCUAACUCGCGCUUCCUCUCCUAGCCCCCCAUGCCCAUCCUUCUUUCCUCGAUCCUAUGCUCGCCUUCCUCCGUCACCAAAUCCCCGAUUCGACAUGGCUCGCUCGCUCUCGGCAAGAGGAACGAAUGGCUCUUGGUUCAUGCGGCGGCUUCGUACAUUGAGCGCUCCUGGCCGCUCUCUCUCUCCAAGGAUGCCGUUCCCAUCCGAACCUUCAUCCAGCAUCUCCUUUCCCACUCCCGCUCGUCCUUCUCGGUCUUGCGGAUCGCCCUGAUUUAUGUCCUCAGACUCAACAAACACAUCCCGACCCUUCUCAAGACGUUUUUGAAGGAAAAAUCUGUUGCCUCGGCCAACCCCCUCAAAGCCUGCUCGGCCAUGCUGCAGUCCAAGGCCCCCGAGUGGCUCUGCGGCCGUCGCAUGUUCCUCGCGGCUCUCAUCACCGCCUCAAAGUUCCUCAACGACACCAACUACUCCAACAAGGCCUGGGCCAAAAUCACCGGCCUCUCGGUCUCGGAAAUCAACGUGCUCGAGCGCAGCUUCCUCCAGGUCCUGGACUACAACAUUUAUGUCGACGCCAAGACCUUCGAUGCCUUUUCGGCCGAGUUCAGCCGCAAAGUCAAGUCUCUGGCCAGCAGCCUGAUUUCCUCCAGCGCCACCGCUCCGGCCUCGGAUUCCUCGGUCACCGGCCUCCCUGCUGCCGCCCACUCGGGUCUCCAUGGCUCCAAGCGCCACCGAGAGUCUGGCUCUCCCGCGGGUUACGCCUCGCAUAUCCCCCACGACUCGGUCGUUCCCUCCCAGUCUCCCACUUUCGACCCCUCCUCGCCGGCUUCGGUGGCUUCUCUCGCCUCCCCUGCCUCCGUCUCGCCCUACUCGGCCCAGGCCAUCUCCCACCUCGGCCAGAGCCCUCUUGCUCCCUAUACCUUUGCUGGAACUCCCGCUUUUGCCAGCACUCCCUCGAUCGUUGGCUCGUCCAAGCCCUUCGGGGCCGUUCCCAGCUCGAUUUGCACUCUCUCAGACCCGGUUCCCAAGAGCAUCCUUCCCACGAUCCAGAACAUUUGCUCCUUCGAUCACCUCACUCCCAGUUCGGCUCCAAGUAUCGAUAUCCCCGCUGCCCAUGCCCUCGCCUUUGUGGCACCCUCGAUCAUGAACUCGUUCCAAGACCUGCCCAUGCCUGUUGCGAAGCGCGUUCGCUGCUGCUAGACAACGACAACGAUCCCGCGUCUGCUCGACGGCCAAGGCUUCUGCAAGUCUUGCGCCGCCCGACAGACCUUCUGGAAACCAAGGGGGCCCUAUCGCACAUUCCCAUGUGUGUCCUUGAUCUUGUUGCAUGCCGGUGGGCGGACUGUAUGCUUGCUUUUCCAACAAACCACCAUCUUC